AUGAGUGAUAGAUCGUCCUUCGGGAUACGAGGUAGAAUAUCUUUCAUGGGACAUAGACGCUAUCUUCCACAGAAUCACGUGUGGCGUAGAAGUAGGCUACACGAUGGAAAGGUAGAGCGUAAGGCUCCUCCUGUGGUGAUGAAUGGGCAUGAAAUAUUAAAACAACUAGAUCAGUUGGAAUUUCCAGUUAUGAGUAAACAUCCUUCAAUACAGGAUAAGAAAAGAAAGAGCGCUCUUAAUUGGACGAAGAAAAGUAUUUUUUUCAAUCUUCCUUAUUGGUCGAGACUUUUGUUACGUCACAAACUUGAUGUAAUGCACAUUGAGAAGAAUGUUUGUGACAAUUUGAUUGGUACGUUAUUGAACAUCGAAGGGAAAACGAAGGAUACCACGAAUGCUAGGUUGGACUUACAAGAUCUGAAGAUAAGAAAGGAUUUACAUCUUGUACAAGUGGGUAACCGAUUGGUGAAGCCACAUGCGAGCUACACGUUGACUACCAGUGAACGAGUAGAGUUUUGUAAGUUUCUGAAAUCAGUUAAGUUUCCCGAUGGAUUUGUUUCCAAUAUAUCGAGAUGUGUGCAUGAAAGAGAUUGGAAAAUAUCAGGACUAAAAACGCAUGAUUGUCAUGUUUUAUUACAUCGACUACUACCAAUUGGUAUUCGAGCAUUCUUACCGACUCCGACUCCUAGGAGACGUGCGCAGUCUCGACUCUUGGAGUUAGAGCGCCACGUUACAAUAAAUGGGCGCAUUCCGAUGACGAUCGCCCCUGGAGCGGAGAAGCCUAUUUCUCCACACGCCGUUCGCUUCAGCCAAGCGAUAGGCGUGUGCGUGCGAAAGACAUUUCCCGUCCGCUGUCUUAAGUGGACGGACGUUGGGAGAGAAUACAUUGAGGUCGUCAAGGGCGACCUCCAGCGAUUCUUUGUGCUUGAUUUCAAUGAUCAAGCAAUGAACAGGUUUGUUGAGCAUCAGAUGCUCACGACCUUUAAAGAGUUCCGGGCCGACUGUCAUAAACAUUUCAAAAAGUACAGCGACCCGGAGGAGGCUCGUGCCAACCCACCAAACGCAUUGGUUGCACGUGAUGAGGAUUGGCACUUCCUCUGCGACCAUUAUAUCAGCCGUGCAUUCCAGGAGCAAUCACGGACAAACAAGGCUGCUAGACAGAAGCAGCCUUACAAUCAUAGUAGCGGGUCCAUGUCGUUUCUACAACGACAGUAUGAGCUCGCUGAAAGAAGAGGGCAGCCGGUCGAUCGUGUGGAAUUGUUCCGGGAAACACACGUUCGAGCUGGGACAUUCGUGUCGCAGGCCGCCGAGGAUGCGCAUAAUCAAAUGCUGGAACUCCAAUCCCAGCCUACCCCAGAGGAUAGUCAGCCACUCUCUGAGGAUGAGAUAUGCGAUCAGGUGUUGGGUAGACGACCAGGCUACUCAAAAGGCCUUGGUUGGGGACCCAAGCCGAAGGCCCGCAGAACGGCAAGUGCAAGCAGUUCGUCGACAUCUUGUUCGCAGUCCACACAAAAAGAGAUUGAAUUACAAGCUAAACUUCAUGAAGCUUUGGAACGGAUUGAAGUACAAGAUAGAAAUCACCAAGCAUUAGCUUCACAAGUGGAAGCUAUGAAAAAAAUGAUUGAAGACCUAACUCGUGCACAACAGGGACCACCACAUGAUCCCUAGCCCUGCGGACCGAAGGUGUAGAAUGACGCGCAUACGCACCUCGUUGGGAGAUUGGGUCUUAUGUUUAUGUUUUUUGUAUAUUGAGAACUAUAUUUUCUUGUAGUCAACUUAUUCGUAUUAUUAAUUUUAAUUCUAUUUUUUAA